AUGACGCGACCACAAAUUAUUAGGGCUGAUACCCUCGAUCUACAAGACAAGACCUCCCCAACCGCACAAGACCACACCCGCCAGCCGGAACAGCCAGCGCCUCUGGGAGUAGGCCCUGCCGCGCCCCACCAGGAAGCUGCUUUGCGAAAUGUGAACGAGGAAAGACAUUCGGAGGAAGUGCGAUUACAGAAUGGCAUGGCCAACGACGCUUCACACGAUGACCGAGGCAAUUCGCAGAAAGACGAACAAGCCGUACGACUGAAUGGAGGAAUGGCUGGCGACAAUGACGAUGGCGACCUGCAGGACGCCGAAGAGGAGGAAGACAUGGACGACGACAUGAUGGAUAAGAUCUCGAGUUCGCCCUCGAUCGACGAUGGUGGGUAUAUUUCAUAUUAUUCAACGGCAUCACCAGACCAGGUGUCCCCAAAGACCCCAAACUUGCGCCAAUCUCAAGAUGCGGCAAACUCUCCUUCAAGUUCUCUUUUCUCUUCUUCGCCAUUUACGGCUACACCACUUCAUUUUCCAAUCUCAACUUCUUCUGCGACAAAUUCUCCAGACAUGCUGGGAAGUGAUCAGGAGAUCAUUCCUACGCUCACUUCUACUGUAUCAUUUCCUAUUCCGGAUCUUUCAUAUGUUCCUCCCGAGCCCAAGAAAAGUCAACCCACAGAUUAUCAUCAUCAUCACCAUGGUGAGUAUACUGGACAACCCGGAUCGGAACCAUGUGACAGCAAUGGCGCUCUGAUAUACGAUGCAUCGAGCCCGCAGACCGCGCGAUUUUCAAUGGCCGAGGGACAAUUGCAAACACCACGUGAGGAAUCGCAGGUUCCACUAGUUUCCGAAUUGGACGAGGAUGAAGUACAAAGCAUGUUGCGACCCAUGCGCAGUCCGAUUUGUGACACAUUUAUCGAUCCAGACGAUGAGCCCACUUAUGCUCCCAAGGACUUGACUAACGUGGAAGAACCCAACAACGAUGACGAUCCCAACAACAACAAUGAUGAUGAUGAUGAUGACUCUGGCUGGACGACUGACAGCGACAUUGAUUCUUUCGAUGAAAGUACCAGUGACGAAACCAAGGGCAUUUCUUUCUCUUCUGAUCCUCGCUACAUUGAUUCUGGCUGGGGAGGCGAAUGCUUACGAGAAACAGAGGAUAUCGACUUCGAAUUCGUAUACGCACUGCACACUUUCGUCGCCACGGUGGAAGGACAGGCAAAUGCCACCAAGGGCGACACAAUGGUGUUGUUGGACGACAGCAACAGUUAUUGGUGGCUUGUUAGAGUCGUCAAAGAUAGUAGUAUUGGUUAUCUGCCCGCCGAACACAUCGAAACACCGACAGAAAGACUUGCUCGUUUGAACAAGCAUAGAAACAUUGACCUCUCAGCAACUAUGCUCGGAGACACUGCCGAAAAAUCGAAAAACCCCUUGAAGAAGGCCAUGCGCCGACGCAAUGCGAAGACAGUCCAAUUUGCAGCACCCACUUAUGUCGAGGCCUCCGACUAUGAUUACUCCUCGGAUGAAGGUGACGAUGGUGAACUUUUUGGCGGACCGGACCCGACACAAAACCAGACACAGGCCGUCGCCGAGGACGCACAAGGAGACCAAGAUGAAAAACUCAAGGUGCAACCGCUCAAGGUCGGAGGUUCUAAAAAGGAGCAAACGAACUCCGAGUCUGAAUCCAGGACUUCCAGCGAAGAGGCAGCCAAGGCUGAGAGUGAAAAGAGAUCUAGUGACGAGAUGUUUGAUCGCCCUCUCGACCCCAAGGUCUCCCGAAACGGGACGAUGCGCAACACUGAUUCCUUCUUCAAAGACGAUAACGCGGAGACAAGGAAGAUUACUCUUACGCCCAAUCUACUUCGAGACGAUUCCAGCACAUCAACGACAGGCUCAAGAGAACGUGGUGCCAGCCUCGAGAGUCUUGAGAAGAACGGAUUCGCGGACAAGGUCAAAGACGACAAGAAGAAGAAGGAGAAGAAACCAGGAAUGCUUAGUGGAUUGUUCAAGCGCAAAGACAAGAAGUCCAAGGGUAGCGGUGCGCUCGACUCUAUCGAUAGCGAUGCUGACGGGAAACAAUCCGAGGAAUUCGGCCGCAACUCUCCACAAUCUAAAGAAUCCAUGGAUGGACCUGUUGAACGACCUUCCACCGACCAACCAGUCACUUCAUCACCACAGCGACAACCAAGCAAAGGCAAGCUGCAAAAGCCGCAACGAAACAGAGACGAUUCGCCUGCGAAGGGCAUUCUCAAGACCGAAACUUCAGACUCGAACCUCUCUCAACCUGUUUCUCAGCCAGCAUCUAAGAAAGAAGCUCCCGAUAAUAAACCUUCCACUGUCCAACCUACAUCCACAAUGCGCCUGGUCUCGCCAGAACGAGAAGAAGAGCCCAAAGCGGCCAUCGAAGAGCGUGUCCAGUCACCCGAGACCCGUUCGCGUUCCAAUUCUGCAGCAUCCAAACUCAACCCUAUCAACAUCAUCAAAGGCCAACAGGAUGGCGAGCCACGCCCCGAAAAAGUCAAGAAAGCUAAACAACGUGUACAACUCGACGACUUUGAUUCGGAAGAUGACAAGAAUGAUCCCUUUGCGGAUUCCAACUUGGCUGCAGCUGACGCUUCGCGGGCAGGCGAAUCGGACCCGACCGGCCGCCUCUCCGAAUCACCCGUCCACAUCUCAGCCGCAGAUGCACAGUCUGCAGAGAAGGAACAUGGUAAGGAACAGGAACCUGACUCUCAACAUCCUCCUGGCCUCACGGCCGAUACCUCGAGUCAAGAAACGCCGUCACCGGUCUCGACACCCACACUUGAAGACGGUCCUUCCCGAGACCCGUCGUCGAAAUCCGAACAGUCGACUAUUCGCGCGGGGGCUUCCCCAUCACCCACACUCCUGGACCCCUCUUCCGCAGGAGCCCCUCCAUCUCGCCCAGCGCCCAUUCCCACGAAAGAGAUGGAGGACUCGUCCGCGCCUGUGUCAUCAGAAAGCAUGUCGCUUCCUGCAUGGUCAGACUCUUCCUUGCGAACAUACCUUGACGAUGGCAGUGAUAUCAGAGAUAUGCUUGUUGUCAUCAACGACACCACUGGCGUUGUUCCUGUUGGACCGAACCACCCCAUCAUGUCACAACUCUUCGUGGAGGAGUCGAAAGCAGUCACACAGUUGGGCGGAGAGCUAGAUGCCAUGCUCAACAAGUGGCUGGAGGGCAAGAGGCAGAAACAACACGGCGCAUCCCCCGUCUCAGCAAAAGCCGGAAGGUGA